CGUUUCUUAAAAUGCGCCAUAAAGUUCCGUUCGCAGUUUGAGCGGGAUAAAGCUCGCAUUAGCAAAAUUAUUAGACGUUCUCGAAAGAAAAUAGUUUGGAUUUUCAGGUAUCAAGAUGCGUAUAUCUGAAGUCCGCUAUAAUGCUAUCAAAUCCUAUUUAGAGCUUGAAAAUUCAGAUCCUGAAAACACGGAUGCAUUCUGGGAUACUCCAGAAUCUAAAGAAUUUGCCGUUGAAUCAGGACAUGGAGAGUCAGGAUUGGAGUCAUCUGCUGUGUCUGCAGUACGUGGAAGAAGAAGACGCUUCAAAUUAUUGAUUUCAGAAAAUAACCUCAUUUUGAAAGAUGGACAAGUUGGGGCAUAUGUUCCAGUUGGUUCCGCAAAUUUCAAAACUUUGUUAAAUGAAGCUCAGUAUGGUGAAGUAAUGAAGCAAUAUCACAAUAAACGAGGUCAUAUUGGUGUGACUCCCACCUAUAAAGAGAUGAAGAAAGACUUCCUGUUUGUUAAUAUAGAUGAAGUGCGAGAUUAUAUCAGCCAUUGUGAACAAUGCCAGGGAACACGAUUGAAUAAACCUUUAAAAACACCUGUAAAGAAACCUGUCAAAACACCUGUAAAGACACAAGCAAAGACACCAAGAAAAGAACAUGUAAAUAUACCAGAAAAGACUUUGGUAAAAUCCCCCCAAAAGACACUGGUAAAAAAGACUGUAAAAACCCCUGAAAAGACACCUGUAAAAGAGACUGUAAAAACCCCUGAAAAAACACCCACAGAAUCUCUUGAAGUAAAGAAUCAGGACCCCAGGUACAAAAAUAUCAAAAUGGCUACCUUCCCAUCAAAGAGCCUUAAACUCAAGCUGCCAACAUCAAAUGAAAAAUUUCAAGCCUUGAGAAGCAAGGAUGUCCUUUGUGAUGUAACAAUACAACUGGAAAGGACUGAAAUUGUUGGUGAAUCAAAAGAAGAGGUUAAAAUAGUUGAAGAAGUUAAUGCCCAUAAAUUGAUUCUAUGUGCAAACAGUAGUUUUGGAACAGAUAUAUGGAACCCGCACAAAGUGACGAUUUUCAUAAAAGCUCAGGAUUCAAGAUUAGAAGAACUUAAAGCUAUCGUUGACUUCCUGUAUGGAGAAACUCUCAUUUUGACUGCAGAAAAUCAAAAAUCAACCAAAGAAAUAGCAGAUGGGCUAAUGUUAGAGGAGCUGGUUUAUAUCUGUGAUAAUACAAUAUUCACAGAGAACAGCUAUAGGACAUUGGAAUGUGGAGUUGACAUUAUUCUAGAUCAUCCGUUGGUUUCUCCAAUGGUUAAAGUCAAGAAGGAACCGGGACUUCAACAAUCUUUCGACGAAGAAGAUGAAGAUUCUGAUAUUGAAGAAUUCCAACCACCAUUGAAAAAGACAAAGUCAGGACGUGCUGUAAAACUAACUUUGAAAGCGAAAGCCUUAACUAGAAAGAGAAAAGUAGCUACCAAGUCAUCAGAAACUCCAGUGUCACAUAAAUCCCCUGCUAAGGUAUCAGAUGGUCCAGAUACACCUAAAUCCCCUGCAAAGGUAUCAGAUGGUCCAGAUACACCUAAAUCCCCUACAAAGGUAUCAGAUGGUCCAAAUACACCUAAAUCGACUACAAAUGUAUCAGAUGAUACAGGUACCCCCACAACUCCUGCACAAGUACCUGAUAGCGCAGGUGAACCUGAUCAAGCUGAGGCAGUAACACCUGAUAAAUUUGAUGAUACUCAGGAAGUUACACCAUCUACACCUGCAGACGAAGCUGUGGAGACACCACAAAAGUCAGAACAAACUCAAGAUGUAACAAUUAGUAAACCUAAAAAGAUGCCAGAUGCCCUGGAUUUGUCUUGUCCGCGAGAAGAUUGCAACUUUAUCGGGGCCAAUAGAGCUGUGUGGAGGGAUCAUAUGAUAUUCAGUCACUCAGAGUUUUAUUGGUUCAAAUGUAAGCUAUGUGAUGAUAAAGGUGACGACUCUAAGCUCACAUAUAAAUGGCCCCCUGGAGCUAGAAAACACAGACAGUUGGCACAUAGGGGCAAAGAAAUGAAUGCAGUGUUCAACUUCCAAUGUGGGAUUUGCAAGAUUCCAAUGACAUUCUACCGACAGCUCCAGGUCCAUAUCCAGCAAAAGCAUGGCGUCAAGUCAGUUUACGUUAAGGAGAGAGGUACAUAUCCAAGACAGACAGAUGUCAAUGUGGAUGAGGACAGUGAUGGUACUGAGACUGAUUCAGGAACUUCUAAACGGAAAACAUCAAGAAAGAGAAAAUCAACCCAAAAAGCCUCAAAAUCCAAGAGAAACAAAGACAAUGAACAAGAAAAUAUAAAAGAUGCAGAUCAACUGGAGAUUGAUGAUAAAAAGCAAGUUUACAAGUGCCCAGAAUGUGAUAUUCGCAUGAAAGGACGAAGUGCGUUCCAGAAUCAUAAAAUCUUUUCACACUCAAAGAGCUAUUGGUAUUCCUGUACCUUAUGUGAGGACCCUGAAAAUGAAGGCAGGCAUAAAUACAAAUCAAAGUCUGCUAUGUAUCUGCACUACAGAAAGCAUCACCAGGCUGAAUACCCAAAGUUGGAGGAUACGUUGAAGAUACAAUGUGGUAUAUGUGAAACUCCCAUGGAGAAUACGACUGCCUUGAAGGACCACAUCAAGGAAAAUCAUUAUCUCAAAGUCGAAGAUUGGAAGGAAUGCACAAGUGAGGACCUGUUCCCAGAUGACCAAGCAUACAGGAAAGCUACUAAGGAAAUUGGUACUGUUGAUGCUGACAACAUCCCUAAGGGGCCAAAGAAAUGUGACAUAUGUUUGAAGACCUACAGCCAUUACACUUACUGGUACAAGCACAUGAGCCAGAAACAUGCAGAGGAUCUCAACAAUUUGAUUGACCUAGGAAUGGUUACUAUAAUCCCCCUCUACAACCAGGUCUGUGAAUAUUGCGGCAACAGCUUUAUGAGCCAGACCAAGCUGAAUGAACACAUGUUGAUACAUACAGGUCGACCAAAGUUGAAGUGUCGCUACUGUCCCAAGGAGUUCACUAUAAGAUCAACAAGGAUGCGUCAUGAGGCCAAGCAUCUGGGAGUCAAGAAACAUGUCUGUGAAAUCUGCGGCAAAAGGUUUAUUCACACAGAUGGUCUGAGGUCUCAUUUACAAGUGCACAAUAAGAACAAACCUCUAUACCAGUGCCCCGUGUGUAACGUAAUGCUGAAAACUCAGGCAGGCUUUCAAAAUCAUAUGAAGCGCCAUGAUGGAGUGAAGCGUCAAAGAUGUCGCUUUUGCCCUGCAGUUUUCCUUGAGAGAGCGGAAUGUCAUAACCAUGAAAGCACUGUACACAUUGACGAGGCACCAUAUGCCUGCAAGAUAUGUGGACGGAACUACAAAACACACUCAGGUUUGAGUCAACACAUGGGAGGAAGCCACAACGAGGGCAUCAGGUAUCAGUGUAACAUGUGUGACAAGGACUACCUACAGCCUCGUCUGCUCAACGAACACAAGAAGAAACAACAUCAGAUAAAUGCAUACCGUUUCAAGUGUGGGCGGUGUGAUACACACUUUGCCAGAGAAUCGCAACUGCUAAGCCAUUCUGAACGGUGUAUCAAGUUACCAUUUGUCAACAGUGCUGAUAAAGACAAACAGUUCCAGCUACACCCGGUCAAUAAUGAAGGAGUUUAUGAGCUGGUUGUUAACGAUGGAAAAUUCACCAAUUUUCUCGUGCAGCAUAACUCAGAAGGUGUCCUCCAACAAGUUGUCCUCGACAGUAACACACAGCAACAGCAGACAUUUGAAGUGUCUAUUGUUGAAGAACAACCAGAUGGAACGACCAUCACUGAAACUCAGAAAGAAAUGUCGCUUGAAGAUUUUGAGAAUAUGGUACCAGAGGGAGCAACAUUACAGAAGAAAGAUGGAAUGUAUUAUGUCAUCUUGGCUGACAAUGAUGAAAGCCCAUCUGACGUAGCACAAAUUAUUAAUGAAAAACUCACUGCUGGUGACAAUAAAGAAGCUAAUCUUAACGAGGGAAAGGUUGUUUCAAAUGAUGUUAAUGUGGUAAGAGAAGGUAAUGUUAACAAAGGAGAAAUUAAAGUAAUGCAGGAUGUUUAUGCUGCUGAGUCAAUACCUUGGCGGGUGAAUGCUAAUGAGGGCCAAGAAGUUGUUUAUGCUAUGAAACCAAAUUCUAAUGAGACUCAAGAUAUUGUUUAUAACGUUAAGCUAAGUGAUAAUACUGGCCAGGGAAUUGUUUAUGCCAUGGAGCAAAAUGUUAUGCAUGAUCAGGUAAAUGCUAAUGAUGGUCAAACAAGUUCCAAUGUUGAGCAACAAAUUGUUUAUACUGUACAGCAAAAUUUUAUUGAUGAUCAGGCUACUGCUAUUGAUGGUCAAACAAAUGCUGGUGAAGGUCAGGAAAAUGCUGGUGGUGGUCAGGAAAAUGCUAAUGGUGGUCAUGCAAAUACUGAUGAAGGUCAAGUAAUUGCUAAUGAAGGUGAAGGAAUUGCUGUUGAGGGUCAAGCAAAUGCUA